AUGGCCACCACAACGGUCAAAGUUGAUGGCAUGACGUGCGGGGCCUGCACGUCUGCUGUCGAGGGCGCCUUUCAAGGGGUAGAUGGGGUAGGCGAUGUUUCCGUGAGUCUGAUGAUGGGCCGCGCUGCGAUUCAGCAUGAUCCGGCAAUACUUUCUCCGGCUCAGGUUGCGCGCUUGAUUGAGGACUGUGGAUUUGAUGCAACUAUUCUGUCGACAGAGGAAAAGAGCACGAGUGCCAGCGCCAGCAUACCGAACGGAAAUGCGACACAGUCAUCUACAACAACCCUUGCGAUUGAGGGCAUGACAUGCGGUGCGUGUACGUCUGCGGUCCAGAGCGGCUUGACUGGAGUCGAGGGUGUCAACUCGGUCGAUGUGUCGCUACUCGCAGAACGUGCAGUAGUCGAACACGAUGCAGAAAAGAUUACCCCAGAGCAAAUCGCGGAAAUCAUCGAGGACCGAGGCUUUGGGGCUCGAGUGGUCGAAACGAAGACGAAUGAUGGGGAUCAGCCAACGCUGACCGAUUUGAUUGAAACCAGACGUGGGCUCAUGGCUACCACGGUAUCUAUCGGAGGAAUGACUUGUGGUGCUUGUACAUCCAGUGUUCAAAGUGCAUUUUCUAACGUGGAGGGUGUUGUCCAAUUCAACAUAAGCCUGCUCGCCGAGCGAGCGGUAGUUGUGCAUGAUCCUACCAUCCUGGGCACGGAGAAAAUCAUCGCCCUGGUUGAAGAUGCUGGGUUUGACGCGUCGAUCGUGUCCUCUGAAUCGCAGGAGCCGCUUCCACGAAACACUCAGCAGCUGCAUAUGCAUCUUCAUGGGUUACGAGAUGCCCAGUCCGCUGUUGCCUUGGAAGAAGCUCUACUGCAACGACCGGGUGUCAAGUCAGCCUCGGUUAGUCAAUCCGAAUCCUUGCUAUCAGUCACUUUAGACACGUCUAUGACCGGCAUCCGAUCUGUGUUCGAGUUCAUUGAGGAAGCCGGCUACAACGCACUACUCGCCGAUAUGGACGAUACAAAUGCUCAGCUCGAGUCGUUGGCAAAAACGAAGGAAAUCCAGGAAUGGCGUCGCGCUUUCCUGACAUCUUCUUCUUUCGCCGUUCCGGUCUCCGUCAUCAACAUGCUCUUGCCCAUGUACAUGCCCAGCAUUGACUUUGGCGCUUUUGAACUUUGCCAAGGCCUUUACCUCGGGGAUCUGUUAUGCCUGGGGUUGACUGUUCCUGUACAAUUCGGCAUCGGUCGACGAUUUUACAUCACUAGCUACAAGUCCCUCAAGCACAAGUCUCCGACGAUGGACGUUCUGGUGAUGCUUGGCACGUCCGCCGCUUUUUUCUAUAGCUGUUUCACCAUGCUUGUGGCCAUUUUCAGUGAACCUCAUAGACGACCCAGCACCGUAUUCGAUACAUGUACUAUGCUUAUUUCGUUUAUUACGUUAGGGCGCUGGCUGGAGAACCGGGCCAAAGGUCAAACUUCUGCUGCUCUCUCUCGUCUUAUGUCAUUGGCUCCGUCCAUGACUACCAUCUACGAAGAUCCAAUUGCGGCACAGAAGCUCGCAGAUGGCUGGACCGCCAAAUCUGGGUCAAGCGAUUCCCAGCCAGCUUUGCCCGAAGAUACGACUGUGAACCAGAAGAUGAUCCCAACCGAGUUAAUCCAAGUUGGAGACAUUGUCGUUCUCCGGCCUGGAGAUAAAGUCUCUGCGGACGGAAUCGUCAUUCAGGGCGAAAGUUACAUGGAUGAGAGCAUGAUCACGGGAGAGGCCCUGCCAAUUCAUAAAAAGAAAGGUAGCCAUGUCAUCGCGGGCACCGUCAACGGCACAAGCGCGCUUGAUUUCAAAGUGACCCGGGCAGGCAAGGAUACCCAACUCAGCCAAAUUGUAAAGUUGGUACAGGACGCACAGACUAGUCGCGCGCCCAUACAGCGCAUGGCAGAUAUCGUUGCUGGUUAUUUUGUCCCGGCGAUUAUCGCCUUGGGGCUGGUCACCUUUUUCGGCUGGAUGUUUCUUAGCCAUGUGCUUCCCCGCCCACCUCAGAUCUUCACGUCAGAUGACUCUGGUGGCAAGAUCAUGGUUUGUCUCAAGCUUUGCAUUUCCGUCAUUGUGUUUGCAUGUCCCUGCGCCCUUGGUCUCAGUACCCCUACGGCGGUCAUGGUCGGCACAGGUAUAGGGGCAGAGAACGGCAUCUUGGUAAAGGGCGGACCAGUGCUCGAGGCUGCUACGAAGGUCAACCACAUCGUCUUUGACAAGACAGGUACGUUGACCACCGGGAAGAUGAGCGUGGCUCAGGCCCAGAUUGAGCCUCAGUGGACAGCCAACGACUGGCGGCGUCAGCUGUGGUGGCUUAUUGUUGGCCUUGCCGAGAUGGGCAGUGAGCACCCCAUUGGUCGAGCCAUCUUGGCUGAAGCGAAGACUCAGUCAGGGCAUCCCGAAGAUGGUGGCCUGCCCGGUAGCGUCGGCGACUUUGAUGCUUGUGUCGGCCUGGGAAUUUCCGCUGUCGUUGAACCUACCUCCAGUGCCGAACGCGUCCGCUACAACGUCCUUCUCGGAAAUGUCCCUUUCCUGCGGUCCAGAAAUGUGCUUGUCCCCGCAUCGGCCAAUCCUGAACCUUUGGAGACUGCAGAGGACCCCGACGGUGACGAUUCUGAAAGCCUUGCCAAGCCUAACAGCGGCUCCGGAAUGACACGCAUUCAUGUUGCUAUCGACAGCCAGUAUGCCGGCGCGCUUUCCCUCCUGGACAGCGUCAAGGACUCAUCAAAAGCAGCAGUCGCAGCUUUACACCGCAUGGGUCUCGCAACUUCCAUGGUGACGGGCGAUACAUUGUCCACGGCGAUGUCAAUUGCAUCUGCCGUCGGCAUCCCCACAUCCGCGAUCUACGCGUCUGCGUCGCCAUCGGACAAACGGGAAAUUGUUGCAAACCUCCAAGCCAAGGGAGAGAGAGUUGCCAUGGUCGGUGACGGAAUCAAUGAUUCGCCCGCGCUGGCCACUGCAAUGGUUGGAAUCGCACUAGCCUCUGGCACCGACGUGGCCAUGGAAGCAGCAGACAUCGUUCUGAUGCGCCCAGAUGACCUCCUCAGCGUCCCAGCGAGUCUUUCCCUCUCUCGCACUGUCUUCACCCGCAUCAAGUUGAACCUCUUGUGGGCCUGCGUGUACAAUGUGAUCGGCCUGCCCUUUGCGAUGGGCAUCUUCUUGCCUUUGGGCGUCAUGUUACCUCCCGCGGCGGCUGGAGCCGCCAUGGCUCUGUCGGGUGUCUCGGUCGUUUUCAGCAGCCUCCUUUUGAAACUGUGGCAUCGCCCCUCGUGGAUGACUGUCGAAAGUCUUGAAAAGGAGAUCAGCUCCGGUGCAUUUUCUUACGGCAUUCGCACCCGCCAUGCUUACAAGAAUAGUUUGUGGGGACCUAUCAAACCUCCUUCACCUUAUGACCCUGCAUAUCUCCUGCGUUCGGUCACACACGGCGCUUCUACUCUGUGGUCGUCGAUCACUGGUAAAAAGACUGCUGCUGUCCGUGAGGACGAGGGGUACAUUCCUCUGCGGGCCAUCGAAUCAUCUGUCUGA